UCGCAGAACGUCCCCCUGGUUUCCCCAGCCUGUUGCCGGAAGGAGUUCGGGUAGCCGCUUCUCGCUGGCCGGAGGCGGCCGCGCGUUCUGCUUCGGAGGAUUCCGGCCUUGAGGAGCGUUUUUCAGGCGGUCUGAGAAGAUCCGGGGCGCCCAGGACGUCCCGAAGCCACCCCGCCCGGCGCCAUGCCCUGGACGUUCAAGAGGGAUCAGUCUGACCAGUAUGGAGCCCAUGAAAAUAUUCCAAGACUUUCAUACCCAAUUUUCUUUCCCCGAUUUGAAUUCCAAGACAUUAUCCCUCCAGAUGAGUUACUAACUAGUGCUGAAGAGCUAGAUUUGGUUUUAUUUGGAACUAUGAGAGGACAAGUUGUUGGACUGCGCUAUUACACAGGAGUUGUAAAUAACAAUGAAAUGGUUGCUUUACAACGAGAGCCUAGUAAUCCCUAUGAUAAGAAUGCUAUUAAAGUAAAUAAUGUGAAUGGAAAUCAGGUUGGCCAUUUGAAGAGAGAGAUUGCAGCUCCCUUGGCCUAUAUCAUGGACAACAAAUUGGCACAAGUGGAAGGUGUAGUUCCUAUUGCUUCAGGUAAUACUUUUACCAUGCCUCUUCAUCUGACCUUCUGGGGAAAAGAAGAAAAUAGAAAAGUGGUUUUAGAUCAGUUGAAGAAACAUGGAUUUAAAUUGGAUCCCACACCAAAAACUUUAGGAUCGAGUUGGGAGAAUGCGUGGGGCUCCGGAAGAGCCGGACCAAGCUAUAGCAGGCCGGCUCAUGUUGCAGUACAGAUGACAACUGAACAGCUCAAAACGGAGUUUGACAAAUUAUUUGAAGAUUUAAAAGAAGAUGAUAAAACUAUUGAAAUGGAGCCAGCUAAGGCUAUUGAAACACCGCUGCUUCCGCACCAAAAACAAGCUCUAGCUUGGAUGGUUGCACGAGAGAACAGCAAAGAACUUCCACCAUUCUGGGAACAGCGCAGUGACUUAUACUAUAAUACAAUAACAAAUUUUUCUGUGAAGGAACGACCAGAAAGUAUUCAUGGAGGAAUUUUAGCUGAUGAUAUGGGUUUGGGCAAAACUCUUACUGCCAUUGCUGUAAUUCUUACCAACUUUGAUGACGGCAGGCCUCUUCUCAGUAAGAGAGACGAGAAGACUCAUUCGGGAAGUGAAUACAAGGAUGAGACCAUCAAACUCAGUGGAAGUAAUAUGAACAUGAAGGCAGACGGAUACUCAGAGCCAUCCACAUGCAGUGAAGAACCCAGUAUUUCAGAUAUUCCGGAGAACAGCAACUGUAUUAUGUCAGAAUUGUCUAGUGUCUGCCCUAAAAGAAGAAAAAUUUCUGUACAGUACAUUGAAAUCAGUGAUUCAGUGGAAAUUGAGACAAGCGAGCUGCCUCAGGAAAUGAAAGACACGUUUGUGAUGGAGGGCUCAAAGACAUGUGACACUGGAGAGAGGACAAGAACAACAUUGAUCAUCUGCCCACUCUCUGUGCUGAGCAACUGGAUUGACCAGUUUGGACAACAUGUAAAAUCAGAAGUGCGCUUGGAUUUUUAUGUUUAUUAUGGUCCUGACCGUAUUAGAGAUGCAGCCUGGCUUUCAAAACAGGAUGUUAUUUUGACUACUUAUAAUAUUUUAACUCAUGAUUUUGGAAGUAAAGAUGAUAGUCCGUUACAUAGCAUAAAGUGGCUGAGAGUGAUCCUGGAUGAAGGCCAUGCCAUUCGGAACCCAAACGCUCAGCAGACAAAAGCUGUCCUUGAGUUAGAGGCAGAGAGAAGAUGGGUGUUGACAGGUACUCCUAUCCAGAAUUCAUUAAAGGACUUAUGGUCUCUUCUGUCCUUUCUAAAACUUAAACCAUUUGUUGAUAGAGAAUGGUGGCAUAGAAUAAUACAGCGUCCUGUCACUACAGGAGAUGAGGGAGGACUUAGGCGUUUACAGUCCUUAAUUAAAAGUAUCACACUUAGAAGAACAAAAACAAGCAAAAUUAAAGGGAAACCUGUUUUGGAGUUACCAGAAAGGAAAGUAUUUAUUCAGCACAUUACUCUGUCAGAAGAAGAGAGAAAGCUUUAUCAGUCUGUUAAAAAUGAAGGCAAAGCUGCCAUCGGAAGGUAUUUUACUGAAGGGACUGUCCUUGCACACUAUGCAGAUGUCUUGGGUCUUCUGCUUAGAUUGCGGCAGAUUUGUUGCCACACCCAUCUUCUUACAAAUGGAAUGUCUUCAAGUGGCCUUUCCGGAAACAAUACACCCGAAGAACUGAGAAAGAUGUUAAUAGAGAAGAUGAAGUUAAUUCUGAGCUCUGGUUCAGAUGAAGAAUGCUCAAUCUGCCUGGAUUCAUUAACAUUGCCUGUGAUAACGCAUUGUGCACAUGUGUUUUGUAAGCCUUGCAUUUGUCAGGUCAUUCAGUGUGAGAAGCCACAUGCAAAGUGUCCUUUAUGCAGAAAUAAUAUACGUGGAGAUAAUUUAUUAGAAUGUCCUCCAGAAGAAUUGGCAUGUGACAGUGACAAAGAGUCCAGUAGGGAAUGGACGUCCAGCUCAAAGAUUGAUGCUCUAAUGCAUGCUUUGAUUGAAUUACGGACAAAGAACCCCAACAUAAAAAGUUUAGUUGUUUCUCAGUUUACCACAUUCCUGUCUUUAAUAGAAACAUCACUUAAAGCCUCAGGAUUUCUGUUUACUCGCUUAGAUGGUUCCAUGGCUCAGAAGAAAAGAGUUGAAUCAAUUCAGUGUUUUCAAAGCACAGAAGCAGGAUCUCCUACAGUAAUGCUGCUGUCCUUAAAAGCAGGUGGAGUUGGCUUGAAUCUCUGUGCAGCUUCUCGAGUGUUCCUAAUGGAUCCGGCCUGGAAUCCUGCUGCCGAAGAUCAGUGCUUUGACCGGUGCCAUCGACUUGGCCAGAAACAAGAGGUUAUCAUCACAAAAUUCAUUGUGAAGGAUUCUGUUGAAGAAAAUAUGUUGAAAAUACAAAACAUGAAACGAGAGCUUGCAGCUGGAGCCUUUGGAACUAAGAAAACAGAUGCUAAUGAAAUGAAACAAGCUAAAAUCAAUGAAAUCAGAACUUUAAUUGAUUUAUAAUUCGUGGGGUUUUUCUAAGACACAAGAUGACUAAGAAAAAGCUUUAUGGUUUAUGGUAUAGACCGAAGAACAACUGAGAUUUUAUUUAUGCUACAAGAGACUUGACUAAGAAAGAUGAUAGAUACCCUUCUACAUAUCUUACUCACUAAAUCCUCCCAGCCUGUAUGCCUGCAAGGGAACAGGAUUGGCCAGCAAGCAUCCUCUCAGGCCGUUCCUCAUGGUGGCCAGGCAUGGCAGCCAGGCGAGGCAGAGCUGUGUUCAGGUCAGGAUGACUUCUGUAGGGGUGAAGUGCUGUAGCUGCCCGCGGCCAUGCGAGCUGGAUUCUCUCGGAAGGGAAGGAGGAGCCUGGAAAAAAUUUGGGGGGUGGAGGUUGGGAGAGAAAUAAAUGGGCCAAGUCUGAUUUCCGAUCAAAGCCGCCUUUACUAGAAAGAUCACAUGUAUAUAUACAUUUCAGGAAAAAAAAAAACCCCGAAAGCCAGUCUCUGGUCACUGAGAUGUGGUCUGGACAUUAACACUUGCAGCUACCAGGAACCUACAGAGGCAUUUCCGUUUCUGGUGGGUGGUGACUCCAAGGAGGAAUUCCAGAAGGAGAUAGCGCUGCAGCAGACAAAAGCCCUUUGUCUGGUUCACCACAGGUGGGUGAGCCGCUUUUAGGAGAAGGCUAAGGAGGAGGUCUUAAAGUGGAAUAACUGGAAUUGGCCUGCUAGGGUUAGUAGUCCGUAGAUUUUGUAGGACUAGUAUCAUAUACAAAUCAAGUCUCAUUAUGUAUGGCAUUAGAGUUCUUUAGUUCCCAUACACAGUGAAAUUAAGUAUAAACUGGUUAUGGCACAAAUAAACAUGAAACAAACCCAGGUUACUCAUUUUAAUUACAAAUAAACUGAGGUUCAAAAGUGAAGGCCAUGUGCUUCUUGUCCAGAAAACUAGAGCUAUGCUCUAAGACAUUGAGAACAAUCAAAUUUGGUGUUAAUUAAAAAAAGUUAAUUCUAAGAUACAUAAACCACUGGAAUGAAGAAUUUUGUGCUGUGCUAUUUUACUACUUAGAAAUGUACUGAAAAUAUUAUAUUUCAAAUGGUGUUUCCAACUGGAUUUUUCUUUAAAUUAAAAAAAUCAAUAAAAAUCUAAAAAAUUAC